UUCAAGCUGUCACCUUGUGUAGAGUGCUGUGACAUCACAGCUCACAGCAACCUCCAACUCCUGGGCUCAAGAGAUUCUCCUGCCUCCACCUCCCAAGUAGCUGGGACUACAGGCACCCACCACAACGCCCGACUAUUUUUUGGUUGCAGCCGUCAUUGUUGUUUGGCGGGCCUAGGGCUGGAUUCGAGCCCACCAACUCAGGUGUAUGUGGCUUGUGGCUGGCGCCUUAGCCACUUGAGCCACAGGCACGGAGCCAGCAUCAGGCAUUUUUAUCCACAUUAUCCCAUCAAAUUCUCACAACAAAGCCAUAAGGGGAGUCCUGCUAUCUCUGCAAGAGGAAAUGGGGGCCCAGAGAGAAUUGAUUCUAGGAUCCAGCUGGCGAGAGUGUAUACCCCGUGAACAGUACAUUCUGGAAACCACUUGAGAGUGAUAUGGAAUAGCUACCAUUUGCAGGAUGCUGACUAUGGGCAGGCCCUUUGUCCCAACAUUUCUGCAAAGGGAAGCAUAUGCCUCCCCAGGCACAGGCAACCAGCUCAGAGAAGUGAGAAAACUUGUCCAAGGUCACAGACAGCACCAGAGCACUGGGAGUUAAGUCUGACCUCAAAGCCCACGUUUUCCCCACUGACCCCCUUUCCCUGGUUCUUCCCUAGUUCUUCUGUUCUGGAUCCUCCUUAUCUCAGGUUAACUGACCCCUCUUCACCUCCGCCUCUGUCCCCAUCCUUCUUCUGUCUUACCGCUUAUUCAUUAGCACAUUUCACUACCAAUAAUCAUAAGAUUAUAUUAAUUUACUUUAUGUGUCGCUCUCCCUUACCUCCCCAUAAGCUCCGUGAGGACAAGGAUGGCUUAUGUCUGACUUGAUUCCCGCUGGCUCCUUGACUGACCCCUAGCACAUGGUUGGUGCCAAGCCAGUGUCUGCUGAGCCCAGGCCCUCUCCUGUGGACGGCAGGUGCCACACUCCCCAGCAGAAUGCAUAGCGGCAAAUGUCCUCACUGCCCUGGAACCUGCCCCUAAACCUCUCUCUUCACCCUUCCCUACCACCCAGGGUCUCAGCUGUCACAAUCCGAAUAGAAGACUGAGCUCAUUUGCCUGCUGGGGCCCUUGGAGAGGGGAAGGGAAGAAAGCCAGUCCGAGCCUGGCAAGGAGGGUGGAGGGCAAUAGAGCCUCUGAGCUGGCAGACAAAGGGCGUGUGUUCUCGUCUAGCGCACUUCCUGGGUUUCCAUUGCAGGAAGUUUGGCACCUGCUGAUCGGUGACACUGACACCCUGGCUAGUACAGAAGACUCUUAGCUGACACUCACCCUUCCAUCAGGAGCAACAGCAGAGGACCGGGUGGCCAGAGGUGCAGGACGCCAGGCCACCCUAGAGAGGGAGGCAGCGGUUACCCUAUUUUACAGAUGAAUAAACUGAGGCCCAGGAAGGUGGAAUGACUUGUCGAGGCCUCACCUUAGUGAAGGGCCAUGGAACCCUGGUCUGCAUGACUUUUAGACUCUGACAGAUCCUGGGGCCAAACUAGGUCAGGGACUUUGGCUCUCCCAGGAGAAUCCAGAUCCCCUGUGAGCUGUGUCACUUGGGUGUGGUCCAAUUCAGCUGAGCUGGGGCUGGGAGCUGCAGGAUCUGUGGCUUCCUCGUACUUCUCAGAGGAGGAAAAUCAUUUGUGAGCCCCAGCAGGAACCGAAGCAAUGGCCUCAAAGCCUGAGAAGAGGGUGGCUUCGUCUGUCUUUAUCACCCUGGCACCGCCCCGCCGUGAUGUGGCUGUGGUGGAAGAAGUGAGGCGAGCAGCUUGUGAGGCCCGGCGUGGAGGCCCAGCCCGGGAGGCUCCUGUCCACAUGAAGGCACCCGGGACUGGCUUGGCAGGCAGGCCCAGCCCUUGGACACCCCCUGGCAGGGCUGCAGCUGCAGUGCCAGUCAUAUCAUCCCAGCUCUCCAAUGGAGGAUGCUCUCUGGCUCCUCCUUACCUGGGUGGUAAGGAUCCACUUGCAGACCUGGACCUCCUCCCACCACCCCCGCCACCCCCUCCAGCUUACCUGUCUCCGGAUGGGGACCCCUCUGCCCUGGGAGGAAUAUCACUCACUUCGGACCUUGAGCAGCUGCAUCUGCCCCCGCCCCCGCCCCCAUCGCAGGCCCCAGUGGAGCAAACUCCAGUCCAGCCUCAGCCUGGUCCCCUCAAGGCCAUGGAGGAGGAGCUGCUACCUCCCCCAGCAGAGCCUGUCAGCUUGCCUGAGAGAGAGACAUCCACAGACAUCUGUGCCUUUUGCCACAAGAUGGUGUCCCCCCGAGAGCUGGCUGUGGAAGCCAUGAAGAGGCAGUACCAUGCCCAGUGCUUCACCUGCCGCUCCUGCCGCCGUCAGCUGGCUGGGCAGAGUUUCUACCAGAAGGACGGGCGGCCCCUCUGUGAAAGCUGCUACCAGGACACCCUGGAGAAGUGUGGCAAGUGUGGCGAGGUGGUGCGGGAACACAUCAUCAGGGCCCUGGGCCGGGCCUUCCACCCUCCCUGCUUCACAUGUGUGGCCUGCACGCGCUGCAUUGGGGACGAGAGCUUUGCCCUGGACAGCCAGAAUGAGGUGUACUGCCUGGACGACUUCUACAGGAAAUUCGCCCCUGUGUGUAGCAUCUGUGAGAAUCCCAUCAUUCCCCGGGAUGGGAAAGAUGCCUUCAAAAUUGAGUGCAUGGGAAGAAACUUCCAUGAGAAUUGCUACAGGUGUGAGGACUGCAGGAUCCUCCUGUCUGUCGAGCCCACAGACCAAGGCUGCUACCCCCUGAACAACCGUCUCUUCUGCAAGCCAUGCCACGUGAAGCGGAGUGCUGCAGGGUGCUGCUGAGAGCACCCGCCAGUGUCAGGCCAGCGAGCAGCCUGCUAGGCCCGGCCAGGCCCCCUCCCCAACUCUCGAGGGUUCCCUUCCUGACCUGCUCUUGCUCUUCUCUUUCCUUCUGAGCCUCAGUGGGGACCAGCCUGCAGCUCUGCCCAGCAAGUCUGGGACACAGAGGGCUAAGCCUUCUCCAGAUCAGAGGUGGGCAGCAGUGGACAGUGCCCCCCAGACCUUCAGCUCCAUCUCUACACCCUGGGCAUCCAGUGACUCCUGGACUACGAGGGUCACACUGACUUUCUCGGCUGGCCCCAGCCCAUUUCCAGGGCUGAGCUGAGGCAAGUCUGCAAGUGGCACCUGGGUCCCUAAGCACUGACUCUUUAGCUGUUUCUAGUAGGGUGCUGAGACCAGCUCUGGCUUGCUGGGCUGAGCCGUUUGAGGAAAAACUCCAAAGUCCCUUAAAAAGCGCUUUUUGAAAAUGUUGAGGUUUAAGUGAUGGGAAACAUGGGUGGCACCUGUGGCUUAGUGAGUAGGGCGCUGGCCCCAUAUACCAAGGGUGGUGGGUUCAAACCCGGCCCCAGCCAAACUUAAGUGAUGGGAAACAACAUUCUUUGGAUUUUGGGGGGAGAAAAAUCUUAAUAGCAAACAUCUCCCCUUAGUUCAUACAUGUAUAAGAAUGUGACCUGGUGAUGGCACAGCCACAGACUUCUACCUCUGGGAUAUGUCAUGCUGGACCCAGGCCCAGGAGGACAAGGUGGUCCCUGGACACCUGAGGACAUUAGCACUCCUUCAUCUUGUCCUCUGGCACCUCCUCCUAUGUGCCACAGUGAGUUAGCAGACAUAGAGUGAGUGCCUAUUGUAUGCUGGCGGAGAGGUGCAAACACUUCUCCAGGAAAGUGCCAGGGCAGCUACGUUCCCUCAGCACCCUGCUGUGACCCCCAUGGCCCACUUGGGCCCUCCAGCUCAGGCUGCCCUGCAACCACUGCCACCACAAGGUCGCACCUAGAAGAUUCUCCUUUCCUUUGAAGAAGAACCACAUUUGUGGCUUCAUAACUUCUAAGACAUUUUGUAGGGCAUGGGCAAGUUAAACGAAAUGUGCUUUUUUCUCUGGGGUCUGCUCAAUGCCCCAUGUGCUCCUGAGAGAACCAGUAGGUUCCAAGCCCUGAGCGAGUUUCUAUGUAACACCCCUUGGGGGCUCCAGCCCAGAGCACAGCUUCUCCUCCUAAACUUAGAGCAGCCCGUCCCACACCAGCACUCAACCACCUCCAGUUUCUGUUACGACCAAAGACCUGUUCCAUAAUUUCAUUUGAGUCCAUGCGCUGUUUUGUUUCCUAACUUCCAACUUCAACCCUGUGAUGAGCUGUGAAUCAGUACAGCCGCACGCUGAUAUACUAGUUAGGUUUUUUUCUUCUUACAUGUGAAAAUAAAUGUGUAACUGUUAGAAGCUUGUCUGUAUUCUAGGAUCCCCCACAGGUAGACGUUGGCCUUGGGUAAUAGCCCUGGGACAUGUUUAUUGGGAACCUGGGGGCUGUGGCACGAAUGUCUGGGACUCUUUGGCAGAUGAAAGAGUUCAUUUCUCUCCUCCUGCCCAGUCACACCCCAGGCGUGUGUCUCCUAGGCACACAGGAGGGUGUGCAGGGUGGAGGCUUUGCUGCAGGGGCCUCUCCACGGCCACCAAGUCCUCUAGGAGAAUCAACAUGCACCCCAGGGCAUGCUCUCUACACGCCAGGCCUUUUUCCCUGUGACUCAGCACAGGCUGACCCCUGGGCUAGCCCAGGGUGAGGAAGGCCCCAGAGAGGGUGUGUGGCAGGGAAGAGCACUGGGCUUGUGGGGAUGACUCAGGUCUCAGACCUGCCUCUACUCACACGUGGACAAGUUAGGAACCAUCUGAGCCUUAACGUCCUGUCUGUGAACUGAGAACAAUAUUCAUUUGUGUCAUUGGGUUGCUAUGAUGGAAAGGGAAGUGUCAGGACCAGGAAGUGCCCAGCUCAUGAGUCAAGGUUGUUUAGUCAUCACUCUCUGGUUGAGUUGAUGCCCUUCAGUCAGACCACCGGGGACUCACCCACAGUCAACAAAGUUGGGCUCAUUAUGCCUCUAGCAGCAAGGAGUGUCCCACAACCCUGAGGAGGACUCCUGGUUGACAUUAGGACAUAUUCAUGGAACAUGGCUGGUAUUCUGGGGAGGGUGUGAGGACUUGGGUUAGCUCCGGAUGUGUGCUGUCAGGAAGCAGGUGAUCCUAUGGAUGGGUGGCUGAAUUCCUUCAUACCUGGGCUGCAGUGCUGCAGCUGUGAUUGGGAGGGACAUGGCAGUGGCUCAGGACAAGGGGACAUCAGUCAUUUGUGCAGAUGGCUCAGAGAUGCAGUGCUCAGUGAUGAGCACAACUGCUGAAUGGUGUUGCUUUUGACCUUGACUCACUUCCUUAUUGUCACACAGUGACCUUGCCCAGUGUGAGUGUAAUUUCAUUUCUGUUCUGUGAUUGGAGCACACAGCACACCCAGCCAUGAGGACCAGACCAGCUCCCAGCUCUCAGGAGCCACUUUUCUGUCACCAAGUUUGGUGGUUUUGGUUUUUCCUAUCAUUAAAAUGAACCUUGUGUCCAGGAGUGGGGUGACUUACACCUGGAAUCCCAGUCCUUUGGGAGGCUGAGGCAGGGAGGAUUUUUUGCUUAGACCAGGAGUUAAAGACCACCCUGGGCAAUUUAGCAAGACCCUGUCUCUAGUAAACAAAACAAAACCAAAACACAAAGUAACCCUGUAGGACGGUGCCUGUGGCUCAAGGAGUAGGGUGCCAGUUCCAUAUGCCGGAGGUGGCGGGUUCAAAC